AUCAAAUUUGACAUUUAACGACUUUCAGCCGAAUUUAUUAUUUUUCUUUUCCAUUCCUGUUCCUGUUUAAUUUUAUUUUGUUGCUAAAAAAUAUUUAAUUAUUUUUAAAAUGGAUGUAUACGAAUUCGAUAAAUGCCUUCUUCAUCGACUUGAAGAAUCCAUGGAUGUUUUGAGCUAUAAAGACGGUGUCAUACCAGCAUCUAGAGUCCGUCUGGAAUGGUCCUACUACAUAGAGCUUCAAAUAGAGCCAGUGGGAUGGCAAGCAUUAUGGAAAAUUCCAAGAGUUAUCUGCGAAGAGCUAAAUCUUCGCUUUCCCACAAUUGUUUUCGGGAUGGUAGAACAAGUUCUCUUUAAAGAACUUAAAGCGGUUAUUAUCAUUUUAGCAGUACAAGAUGAAGAUGUACACCUUCCCGAACGGCAAGAAGUCAAUCUGGAAGAUUUAUGGCCAACUAAAAUGCAAGAAAACUCUGAGCUAAAUAUUGAAAGGACGGCCGACUGCAUUGACCGUUUAAGGUUUUUCUACAAUCAUGUUUGGAUGCCUUGGGACAACGACAACGAUGACGACAUGAACUGGGUCGAAAAGCAUCUAGAGUCAAGGAUUCGAUUUUGUUAUGAUUUAAAAAAGAAGAGCAUGAAACGUUCAUUGGCCGUUCAUAUAAAAACUCUUUUGACUGAAGCCCGGUACAUUCAACAAAGACGUGAAUAUUUAGAGAUUGGAUUGAGCGAUGACGAAGAAUUGGAUGAUACUCUGGAUAAGACACAAAUAACCGAUCUAAUGCGAUUGCAUUUGAGAUUGGCAAUAAUUAAGAGCGAAAUUGAAAUGUUAGAAAACCCAGAAAUGAGGAAAAUCUAUGAAGAGAUUAAAUUUGAUGAUGAUAAAUGUUUGAAGCGCGCUCUGGAUGAAAAAUUAAAUGAUCGGCAGCAGAUUGCCUAUAUUGUAACUGAACCGUUUACGUUUAAGCAGCAAAUGCAGUUUUUGACGUUGGUUGGCAAAUUUGUAGAUGAGGAGAAGCUUGUUCAAAUGUGUCCAUCUCUGCAGGAUGUUCUUAACAUUUGCAACGCUUCUGACGAUAUAUAUCUUCCACCUGGACGACAUAGCAUCAAAUUCCUUGAAUACUUAAACGAUGAUGGAAAGAUAAUUGGCCUGGAUAGCAGCUCUGUUGUUGCUUCCACUGAUACAAAUGAAAAUGAAGUAGUCAUCAUGUCUCUUGAUGACGACACAAUUUUACUAAUUUUUGAUGGCAAUUUUACUCUUAAUAAUCUUACCCUAGACUGUCGCAAUAUUCGCUCGGGAAUUUUAGUAAAAAAUGGAAAAGUUUGUCUUAAAAAUUGCAAAAUUAUAGGUGAUGGCAAGUCAUCAACACAACAAGGAAUUAUGUGCUCUGGAAGCUCUGAGUUAUUCUUGGAAGAUUGUGUGCUUGAAAAUUUUUCUAAUGGAAUAGUAGCAAGUGAUUUAACUGCAGUAACACUCACCAAUUGUAAAAUCAAUAAUUGCCGAAUCGGAAUCGAUGUCGGCAGCACAUCCAAAAUUCACUUUCAACAUUGUACAAUAUCACAGUCUAAAAAAUGUGGUAUUUAUUUCGAGACCAAAUCUUUAAAUAACAAAGCUGAAGGAAAAAAACUGCUGCUACAUAAUCUAACUGAUUUAUCACAGUAUAUAUGCACAGAAAUGCCAUGGUUCGGCGAGUGUGAUUUUUUGGAUUGCCAUUCGAAUAUUUUUGUUUUGAAUGAAAAAGAUAACGGAUUUCCGAAAACUCUUGAAUGUAUUCUCGCCGAGAGCAAUGACUAUGAUUCAAAAAGAUUGGGUACAGGUACCAAAAGACUACUGGAUAAUUCGGAUGUGAUUAUACUGGAUGACUCUGUUGUUGAAAUUAAUUAUGAUACUGAGUGACUUAUUUCUUUUCUAUUCCUAUGUUAAUGAUUUUUGUUUAAUACCAAUAUAAAUAUUUUGUCGAA